CAGACUUGAUAUUCCAUGCGAUCACACAGAUGUUGUACAUGUGUUUCGCCGAACCCACAAUCUCAAACUGUCGAACUUGACGCGUGUUUGUACUCGAUCUUCUUUUGCAAAGCAAGCUCCUUACCUCCCAGCUCUUAGAAUCGAUCAAGCUUGCCUAUAAGAGUACCCCAUAUUUAUACGGCACUGCAAAUUAAACUUACAUAUCGGAAAAUGCCACUGGCAGCAGCGCCGAGAAGGGACCGAACACAAGCGUUGUGGCGUGUGCGCCUUGGCUCGGCGUUAAGGACCAUUCUAGCAUGCACCAUAGUGGCCUGCACCACCCUGUAUGGCCCAGCACCUCUUAGGCACUUACUUACAUAUCCUGCCUUUUCCUACGUAACAACCAUCCUAAUCGUGUCGGACGCAACGCUCGGGGAUGCUCUCCGAGGUUUUUGGCAUGCUCUCUUCGCUACUGUUCAGGUUUUGAUCCUCUCUGUACUCAGCCUGUGGAUAGUCGGACCUGCUCGGUUCACCAACGGGCUAGCGGCGGUGGCUGUGGCGAUCAAUGCAUUUUUGGUGGCAGUGCCCGAGUCGACACCCUUGAUCUCUAAGCGGAUCGCAUUUGGGCAGAUUGUGAUUGUGUACGUAGGUGCUGUCGUUCAAGGCGCACAAACUGGAUCUUUCAUGCACCCGGUUCAUGUCGCGUCGAGUACUGCACUUGGAGCCUUGGCUUCCGUCCUGGCGAUGCUGUUUCCCUAUCCCCACCUAGCCUACUUCGUGGAAAGGAAAACAAGGCUGUUAUAUGCUGAAAAUGGUUUGGAGAGGUUAAAAAACUUGUUGGACGCUUUCUUUGCCCAAAACAACGCAGCUAUGCUUGACCCGAUCAUUUCUCAAGCCAAGUUCCUUUCUAAAACAGGAGCCAAGCUACUUCAAAGAAUCCAAGACAAUAAGGAAGGCGUGUUAUGGGAAAGACCUCAGAGGAAAUUCUUAAAACGCAGUUGCAUUGACCCAGUAGAAAAGUUGCAGCUCAUGGAAAUUCCUAUAAGAGGGAUGGAAAUGGCCUUAGCUAACAGUACCGACACCGACAGCAUGAUGAAUGAAGAGCUCAGAGAAGUUUUAGGAUGUUUGAAAGUACAAUUAGGCCAAAAAUUCGAGCAAGCAAAGGGCUCUGUCCCUUUUGACUCAACGACAGCUACAGAGACAAUGGAAGAACAUUUAGACAAGUACCUCUGGAAGUUCCAAAGCAAUCCCAUAACCCAAGAAGAGUUGCCAAUUCUGUUCUUCCUGUACUGUGCGGGACUCCUCCUCCAUGGCUCGACCAAUGCUCAAAUCCCUGACACUGAAGAAUCCACCGAUUUAGAAAAGCAAGAAUUAAUGCUUAGUUUCAAAAGGACCUGGACAAUUCUUGACAUGUUACCGACCAGCCAGAGUUUGGUUUUUGCUUUCAAGUGUUCGAUUUCUCUUGGUUUUGCUGUUUUGUUCGGUUUGAUGUACGACAAAGAAAAUGGAUAUUGGUCGGGUCUCACGAUUGCCAUCUGUUUUGCAACAGGAAGACAGCCCACAUUUGCUGUUACAAAUGCUCGAGCACAAGGCACAGCUAUGGGAUCAGUCUAUGGAAUCCUAUGUAGCUAUAUUUUCCAAAGAUUCGAGGAUUUAAGGCUCUUACCACUUAUACCUUGGAUUGUUUUCACCAGUUUUCUAAUGCAUAGCAGAAUGUAUGGCCAAGGCGGUGGAAUUUCAGCAGUUAUAGGGGCAUUAUUAAUCUUAGGUAGGAAAAAUUAUGGCCGCCCAAGUGAAUUUGCCAUAGCCAGAAUCACAGAGGCAUGCAUUGGGUUAAUUUGUUUCCUCGUUGUAGAGAUUCUCUUGAAUCCAGAAAGAGCAGCAACUCUGGCAAAAUCUGAACUUUCAGGGAGCUUGGAGGCACUUCAAGAUUGGUUCAGCAAAAUGAUUCCCUGUCAUAGCCAGAAGAACAUGCGAGUUUCAACUUUUCUGGCACUUAGAGAGAAGCAGAACAAGCUGAAGACCAAUGUCAAGCAAUUAGAAAAGUUCAUUGCAGAGGCAGAAUUGGAGCCUAAUUUCUGGUUCUUGCCUUUUCAUGGUUCUUGCUAUGGUAAGCUCCUUGCAUCUUUGUCAAAGAUGACGGACCUUCUAACCAUCGUGGCCUAUCAAAUAGAAUUCCUCUCACAAGUACCGAAGAUCUUUGGAGUUGAUAUUAAGGAGCUCUGGGAAAGCAUAGAUGAUGAUCUACAGCUAUUCAAGAAAAAGGUUGGGUCUUCAUUGAAAUGCCUGAAAAAGUUGACUUCAAUCCCGUCCCUCGUAGCACUGGAAAAAGAGUUGCAAAAGAAAAUCGUGUCUCAUGACGCUGAGUUGGGAAAAUCAGCAAAUGCACUGAGGCUGUUGUGUACAGAUGAAGAAGAGGUUGAUGGCAUUCUCAGUUCUUUCCUUCAACACUUGAAUGAAGAAACUGACAAGAUUUAUGCUAACGAAUGUGAGAAGAAGCUUAAGAGCCAAAUAGUUCUUUGUCUGAGUGGCCUGGGCUUUUGCAUCGGUAAUUUGAUGAGAGAGACAAUGGAGAUCGAGAAAGAAGUAAAAGAACUUAUGAAAUGGGAGAAUCCCUCGAGCCAUGUAAAUUUGAACGAAAUUUCCUGUAAAAUCAAUAUUUUGAACAGAUAAUAUCUGUGUGUGUGUAUAUAUCUAUUCACUAUAGAUAAAGAGAGAGUUUGAA